AUGUUGGAGGAGUCAUGUGAAUCGUCUGAUGGUUUGGAUAAUAUUUUUUCAGAUGAACUUAACAAAAUUUCAACUCUCGAGGAGACGGGAGGGCUGCCUACGCUCUGCGGUAUUUGCGAGAAGCCCUUCUCAAACCCGGUUAUCUUGAGUUGUCUUCACAUAUAUGACCGUGAUUGUCUGCAGAAGUUUGAGCAAAGCGAUAAUGUCGUACCUUUUACUAAGUGUCCGAAGUGCGAAACAUUAUCUAGUAGUGUAAAGACACUCGAAGCCUAUGAUAUGACCAUUGUCCAAACACGUGAUGGCGACGACACACAACAGUUAAGUGGGAAAGGAGUCAAGUGCUCUGUGUGUACAGAUGGCAACGACGCUCUCUAUCGAUGUAUGCAUUGCGCAGGUACUUUGUGUGAACGGUGUCGUGAUAUUCACAAGGUUAUGAAGGUUUUCUCAAACCAUGAAAUAUUGGACUUAACUGAAGAGGAGAAGUUAAAUUCUGAUGUGUUGCAGCGCAACAUGCUGAACAAUAAACCAGUGAUGUGCACAAUUCACCCGGAGUGCAUAUUGACUUCGUUCUGUUUACAGUGCCAUAUCCCCUUAUGUGAGGCGUGUUUUGAUUAUGAACACAAAGGACAUAUAACAAUUCUGUUGGAGUUAGUGCCUACACACAUUGACUCUUUGUUGUCGGAUAUGAUUGACGUUUGUCGUCUAAAACAAAAAGACUUUCGUGAUUCAGUUGAUGUGAUGCAUAGCUUACUAUCAGAGCUAAGUGCAUCUCGAGAUACCAAUAAGACUGUUAUAAUGGAGACUUGUAAACAGUGGAUAGCAGCGAUUGAGAAGGUGAAGGAGAAUUGUAUUCUUAAAAAUAGAGAGAUCCAUGAUGAAAUAGAAAUGAAAGUAUGGUCGCAAAUUAAUAACAUGAACAAAACUAUUGAUCAUGUCGACUUUGCAUGUGAAUUCGUCAAAACGUAUCUUAGAAAGUGUUCCAACAUUGAAGUAUGCAAACUUUUUAAGAAUGUUCUUGCAUGUUUUGACAAGCUGUCGAAACAGCAAGCCAUCAGUGAUUUCUCAGCGAAAUUCCUAUUUACACCAGGUACUGCAAGUGUUUAUGAUGUUGUUCGUCAACAGUUCGGUUCUUUCGGAUUCACUAAUUCAUUGGAUUCAAGCGUGCAACAAAUCACAGAUACACUACUACAAGCAUUCCCGGCACCCAACUCUCACAUUUCAGCCUUAAGUGGCGUGGAAGAUGUCGCAAAUGAUCUUAAGCAAUUAACAAUCAAAUCUGACGGACGUAUCGACACAGACUCUAUUGUAUGUAUGGACCAAAUAUUGCCUGCACAGUUGACCCCAGGUAGUCCGGUACAUCCAGACAUCCGUGACAAUAAUGCAAAUCCAACUUGUGUUGCAAAUGGUAGUCUCAACAACUACAUUGUAAGAUCUAACAAUUCAAGUCGUCCUUCCAGCAAUUGGUGUGACUUGAGUGUAACACUACCUAACCUGGAACCCCCUGAGUUUCUGUCUAACGUAACACAAGUUGAUUCAGUUUUUGGCACGCCUUUUAUUACAAGUGAGAAUUUCAGACCUGGAAACAGUAUCAUGCCGCCACUGGAUGUUGACCCCAGUCUAAUGUUGAAGCAGAAGCUCCCAGGCAAUUACAGUGCAACGCUGUAUGAAUAUAGUCGUAUAAGAUCAGCCCGUUGUUCAGAAAUGAAUAUUCUAACAAAGUGGGGCGCCCUUGGUUGUGAAUUGGGGCGCUUGAAUUCUCCGCAUGGGUUUUGUUUGGGCUUCGAUGAAGAGAUAGUGGUUGCUGACACAUACAAUCAUCGCAUUCAGAUAUUUUCGAAGCAGGGCAAAUUCGUAUCGUUUUUUGGUGUAUCAGGAAGGGUGGAUGGUUUAAUGUGGUAUCCACGCAAAGUGGCAAUAAUAAGACAAAGUCAAAGAUAUGUUGUCUGUGAUAGGGGUAAUGAACGUUCCCGUAUGCAGCUGUUCAGUCGAAGUGGACAUUUCGUACGACGUAUUCCAAUUCGUUACAUAGAUAUUGUUGCAGGAUUAGCGAUUAACCAACAUGGUCAUAUUGUUGCUAUUGAUAGUGUUUCACCGUCGGUUUUUGUUGUAUCAGAAGAGGGAGAUCUCGUCCGUUGGUUUGACUGUAGCAAUCACAUGAGAGAACCAUCUGAUGUUGCAAUACAUGGUCAGGAGUAUUACAUUUGUGAUUUUAAGAGGAUGGAACUUUUAUCCGUCGUAUAG